UGCUGCUAAUAACGGCAUUAUUUCAAGAGUUUGAUGAAAACCCAAGUCGCAUAGGCAUUAUUUAAAAAAAAAAAAAGGAAAAAAAAAAUAGAAAGAGGGAGAGGGGAGAGAGAGAGAGAGGGAAAAAAAAGACCUGCGGAUUGAUCUACACUGUAUUUUGGGUAAAUAUAAUCACGUGGGACCUCGGAGCCAAUGGCACGCUAGGAAAGGCUGAAAAAAUAAUUACCUGCCCUGAUUGUUCUAUGAGAAGAUAAAAAGUACACAUACAGUUCAUACAAUAAUCUUAUGAAUGUAAAAGAGGGGGGGAACAAUGUCGGCUUCGGGUCCCAUAAGCAACUAUUAUGUAGAUUCUUUGAUUAGCCACGAGAGCGAAGACUUGCUGGCGUCCCGGUUCCCAGCUACUGGCUCUCAUCCUGCUGCAGCCCGACCGUCAGGAUUGGUACCGGAGUGUGCAGAUUUUCCGUCCUGCAGCUUUGCCCCCAAACCGGCCGUUUUUACCACUUCGUGGGCUCCCGUGCACUCCCAGUCGUCCGUGGUUUACCACCCGUACACCCACCAGCCACACAUUGGAACUGACACUCGGUAUAUGCGCACUUGGCUGGAGCCUAUCUCCGGCGCGGUCUCGUUCCCAGGUUUUCCAGCCAGCAGCCGGCACUACGGGCUUAAACCCGACGCCUUCCACGGCCGCAGGGACUGCGGACCGGUGGAUGGACGUAGUUAUCCGGAUUAUAUGUAUGGAUCCCCGGGAGAUCUCAGGGACAGAACCCCGCAGACUAUACCCUCUCCGGAAUCUGAGGCCGUCGCUUCCAACAAACACAAAGAAGAAAAGACCGAAUUGGACCCUAAUAACCCUGUUGCAAAUUGGAUUCAUGCACGUUCUACAAGAAAGAAAAGAUGUCCUUACACGAAAUAUCAAACGCUGGAACUAGAAAAAGAGUUUUUAUUCAAUAUGUACCUAACUCGGGACCGCCGUUAUGAAGUAGCCAGGGUUCUUAAUCUCACUGAGCGCCAAGUCAAAAUCUGGUUUCAGAACAGGAGGAUGAAAAUGAAGAAAAUGAAUAAAGAGAAAACCGAUAAUAACAAUAAUAAAGAGCAGCAGUGAAACUGGCCACAUCCUUCCAGUCUGUGGAGAAAUCAAGGCGCUGGUUUUUCCCAAGAAAGAAAUUGUUCCUGACUUUUUUCCCCCUUAAUGUGCUGAUGAGUGUUUAGAAUUAGUUAAACACGGCAAACCUUUCUGGAACAAAAAUGAGAGAGAGAGACAGAGACAGAGACAGAGGGAAAGAGAAACAUAAAAAGUGCUUUUCUUUACAAAAUGCAAACACACACACACACACACACACACAUACACACAUACACAUCCCUAACAAUUGCAACUAAAAAUAAACUUUUUUUUUCUUUUCAGAAAAAAACAACAAAGUACUUGAAUUUUUGGAUUAGUAUUUUAUUUUGUAAAUUAAAUUUAUCCAGUGGUUUUUG